AUGACUAUUACGAUUAGAGCCCUAAUUCUAAUUACUAUUAUUUCCAUUAUCAAAAAUGGAAUUUACGCAGACGAAGUGCAUCAAGAGCAUCCAGAAGAAAUAGAAAUUAUUACUGAAAACAGCCUAAUCCCAAACGACAACACCAAAUAUGAACUGAAAGUGAAAGACAUUAAGAUAUUUAAAUACAUAUUCAAUAACGACACCAGAUGCAAAGAAGUGAAGCAAAUAAAUAAAAUUGAAAACCCUCAAGAUCCAAACAAUGAUACAGUCCAGCACCUGACAAUAUGGAAGUACGACCGCUCCAAGCACGAAGGAAGGUACCCGCUCUCGUUCAGCUACACCAAGGACGAUGAAAUCGUGGUGGAUUACGGAGACGAGUGCGACAUCUACGUCAUGUUCGCAGGAAGGUGGCACUUCUACGGAACAGGAAACAUCAAGACAGGAAAAAUUAAAACUGAAAAGUUUAACUCGGAAGUAGCCAAGAGCGUCGUUACCAUCACAAGCUGCGUUCUCAUAGGCAUACUCGUAAUACUCAACUUCAUCGUGAUUACCUUCAUUAUACGCCUCUACAAGACCAUUAACCAGAUGAAGAUGUCGAUUGACAGAAGCGAAACUAGAAAGUUGCUAAUCUAG